UGUGAAACUAUCUGAGUCCCACAGAGUAACCUUAUUUCACUCCUACAAGCCAGAGCAGGAAGAGGUAUUUCCACACAUCCCAUUUAGGCCAGCUGCCUCCAAUUCUCUCCUCAGAUUCAUCCCUCGACUUGGGGUACCGGAGGGCUCCCCAUGGAUCUGCCUUAUUACCAUGGCCCUCUGUCCAAGCGAGACUGUGAGACCCUGCUGCUCAAGGAAAGAGUGGAUGGCAACUAUCUGCUAAGAGACAGCGAGUCUAUGCCCGGAGUCCUGUGCCUCUGUGUCUCGUUUAAAAAUUUUGUCUACACAUACCGAAUCUUCAAAGAGCAACAUGGGUAUUACAACAUACAGACCGUGGAAGGUGUUAAACGAGAGAUCUUUCCAAACCUAAAGGAACUGAUCUCCAAGUUUGAAAAGCCAAAUCAAGGACUGGUGUUUCACCUUGUAAAGCCAAUAAAGAGAACCAGAUCCUCCCUGAGAUGGAGAAGAUCGACGAUAGAGUUGGAUGGUAUUUAUGAGAACAGUGGCAGUGACUAUGUGGAUGUCCUGCCUUGAAGGUAUGGAGACUGGAUGAAGCACUUAUAGAAGAGAUGGGUGACAGCUCUCGCCAGCGAUCCUGCUUCUCCUGCAGGUGUGGGUCUGGAAGAUCAAACUCUAGGGGACAAUUUAGACUCUCCUGGUCUGAGUGACUGAAGAUGCUUUGUUCAUCAGCCUCAGAGAAAUCAGUCCCCUUGCCCUGCCUCCCAUGCAUACAAAACGAGGAGCUUCAAAACGCCAUUCCCCCUCCCACUGGUCUUUCUUGGAAUACGACUGCCUGAACCUAUUCUCUUUGACUUGUUAAAGGUGCUACCAGUUGACGUCUGGUCAUCUUUCAACCAGGUGACCAGAGGGGAGAGAAGAGAGUGCUGGUGUCUACUUUGGAGCCUGAGUUCCAGUCAUGACAAUGUGACUGCAGACAAACCUCUUCCUCUUUCUAGGUCUCUGUUCCUUCAUCUAAAAAACAAGUGGCUGGGCAGAGGACAGACAACGCCCCAGCCUCCCUGCUGAGGCUGGCUGAGGCAAGUGGCGUUGGGGGGCUCCUGAGUGAUGGACCUGUAUACCGGACCUCAGACCCCCAAAACAGCCCAUGCAGUCUCUGCACCUGCCCAUGCUGGUCUUGGUGAUGGGGGGAGCCCAGACCUACUCAUUCACCCUUCUCCCCCGAGCCUGGGCAACCCGCCUCCUUUAUGAUCUCGAUCCCUUCCAAACAUUGCCCUGGAGACACUUCCUCUUUGAUUCUGCCUCAUUUCAUUUAUGCACUAACCACUUCAACAGCACCAAUGUGGUUCUGCAUUGUGACACAUGUGGGGAUUUUGAAGGUGUGUUUCCUGUUUCUGACUAGGCUUUAAAGUGUGGUUGAGUCUCCCCAUGAAUCCUCCACAGCACAUAGAAAUGCAUGCCACACAAAACUGUACCCCAUUUCGAGACAUUACUGACUAGGAGCCCAUUCCCGAAGGGUUUGGCAACCUUGGUUCUCAGGCCCUUUGUAUUUUCCUGCUAGUUCACAUUUGAAAUUAAGACCUGCUUAGUGUGGAAUGUACCACAUGCUAUGCCCAUUCUCUGAUCCAUCUUCAAACCUUAGUGAUUCAUUUCGCCCCACUGACCUUACCUUUUAAAGUUAUUAAAGAGAGGAACUUGGAAUUCUGGGAAACAAGAAUAGAUAUUGUGGUUGGAACCCCAAAACAUGAGCCAUUCUGACUUCCUGGGUCACAGCAAACCAUAGGAGAGAAGAAGGGAACUGUAGGAACCACAUCAGCAUCCUUCUGGUUGGCUCAGUAAAGGACACCAGAAGCAAACCUGCUCUCCAGGGUUCGGCCCCGGGCCUUUGAUUCAUUCUGCAUGGUACAAAGAAGCAUGUUCCAGUUAUCUGGGACCGCAGCAAUCCUUGGCACAGAAAACAUGGUCAGUGGCAAUUUCCUGAAUAAAUCAAUAUAUAUGAAAUGUGGUCACUCAUUCUGGAUAGCAAAGAUUUGUUUGAACUCUAUACAUCUCAAAAUCAAGGAGAACAUGAUUAUUACUUCAAAAUCUUUCCAUUAUAACUCUCAUAGAAGUGAUUUCCUUUCUUCCUGAGCAUCUAUGCAUAGCACCUUACGAGAAGCUUGAUCCCUGGUGGAAUUUCAGCCAUAUUUCUCAAAUGAGGAAGCCACAUUUAAUAGUGGUUAUGGAUGUCAUUGCAUAUUUCCCUGAGGCUUAGAAGACCCUGAACAGGUCAUAUGAAGAACAGCUGAAAGAUCUGAGUAUGUGGGACUGGAAGGGGGAAGACAAUAAACUACAGCAGCUGUUUCAAUGUUGGCAGUGCCGUUCUGUGAAAGAGGGUGAACAGAAGAUUCACUGGGUAUGAUGCCAGACAGAAGAACUCAGACCAGUGGCUGGGUGUUUACAGGAGGGCAGUUUUAGCCAAACGUAGGAAGAACUCAAUGUCGGAAGAACUUGGAGCCGACUGGAGCUAUCCUACAUUCAAACAGUCCCCUGCCUUCUGGGGUCCAAAUGAUUUAGUUGUGGAGAGUUGAAUUAAUCACAUUAUUUAACUCUUAACUCAUUAUUAUCACGAUCCAUGCAUAUAAGACACAUUCAUUUUUCUUCCCUUCAUCCCUCAUUCCCAUUCCGAUGGAACCAGCUCCGUACCAUGCCCUGUAUGUAUGGGCUUCCCUGGGGACUCAGAUGGUAAAGAAUCAGCCUGCAAUGUUCAGGAGACCCAGGUUCAAUCCCUGGAUCAGGAAGAUCCCCUGGAGAAGGAAAUGGCUACCCACUCCAGUAUUCUUGCCUGGAGAAUUCCAUGGACAGAGGAGCCUGGCGGGCUACAGUACAUGGGGUCACAAAGAGUCAGACACAGCUAAGCAACUAACACUUUUUUUCACUUUACUUACAUGUAUGCACUCUUGUAGAAUGUACAGAUUUGGUUGAGACUGUAUAUCUUUUAUAUUUACAUACAUGAUAUAGUGCUAUUGAUCCAAUUCUGUUAUUACUUUUUUUUUUCACUCAAUAUUAUGAUUAGUUCUAUUCUUUACUGUUGAGUGUACACCUAACCCAGUGCCUCUAACUAAUGCAUGGCAUUCCACAGCAUGCAUCCAUCACAUUUUGUUUUCUCAUCUCUCUAGAGGCAGACAUCUAAGUUGGUUCCAACUCCUUGCUACUAGGACAACACUUUUAAUGAACAGCCUCUCUUUAUGGACAUGUAAGAGGCUUCCUCUGGACUAUAUGGAUGGGUCACAAAGUGUACUCAGAUUUAAUUAUGGUAUAAUCAAGCCCAUUAAGUGCUUUUUUGCUUAUGCUUUGUGAUUUUUGAUCCCUGUUUUACAAGCCCUUCCCCACUCCAAGCGUCUACUGGCCUUAUACUUUUAUCUUCUACACUAAGGGUUUUAAUGACGGCAGGGACUUUUGCCUUUUUCAGUGGCAUAUAUCCAGUGUUAGAAAAGUCCUUCACUCCUAGUAGAUGCUCAAUGAAUAUUUGUUGAGUAAAGGAUGAAUCUGGGGUUCACCUUUGUCCAUGGUGAGAGGUAAGAAUCCAACUUUGUAUUUUUCCAUGUAUAUUGAAGUAGUUUUCUGAUUUCUACUUGCUUAAUAAUUCAUUUUCCCUCCUCCGGUUUAUGGUUUAUGGUUUCUUCUUUAUAGCACAACUGUUCUAAUACUCUGGCUUUGUAAUUGUCUGUUAGGAUAAGAACUCAUUUUUUAAAAUCAUUUUAGCUAUUUGUGGACCUUGAUUCCUCCACAUACAGUUUAGAAUAAAUAAGUUUCUCAAAACAUCUUGCUGGAAUUUUGAGUAAACUUGCAGUUGGGGGAGAACUGAAAUUCUUGUGAUGUUUUCCCAUGUAUAAAAUGCUACUCUAUUUAUUCAUGCCAGCUUUUUUGCUCUUUAAUGAAAUCAUAAAUUUUCAAUGUGGAAGUAUUGUAAAUUCUGUUAGGUUAAUUCCUAUUUUUAGUUGUUAUAACUUUAAGUCAUAUAUUUUAUUACAUUUCUAAUAGACUAUGACAGUAGCAAACUGUUUAUGCUCUUGUUAGAUGUCCUGGUUUAUCUGUUGAUUCUACUGUAAAUUAAACUGUAAAUUCUAUGUAAAUGAUUUUGUCAACUACAAAUGAUAGCAUUUUGUUCUCCUUCCUUUCAACACUUAAUGUAUUUUAUUUAUUUUCUAUGUUUACUUGAUUGGCUAGGACCUCCAGUACACAUUAAAUACCAAUCAGAAUGUGAGCAUUCUUGUGUUGCUCCCAUAUUGUAAGAAAUGCUUAGUCAUUUUCUCCAUUUAUGUACAAUGUUUGUUGUAGCCUUUAAGAAGGCUACUUUAAUUUUAUCAGAAAUGCUUUGAAAUUUAUUAAGUGAUUUGCUUCUGUAUCUACAGAGAUAUCUACCACAUUCCUUUAAUCCUUAUUCCAUUAUAAAUUACAUUAAAUUCUUAACAUUAUAUCCUGCUUGUAUUGCUUAACUUGAUUAUUUUACAUUAUUUUUAAAAAAUUGUUGGAUUUGGUAACUUAUUUCAUUUAAGAUUUUUGUAUUAAAACUUGUAAACCAAACAGAACUAUAAUUUGUUGAAUCAUGGUUAUGCUAACCAUGCAGAGUGGGUGAAGUAAUCUUUAUCUUUUUCUAUUUUUUUACAACAGCUUUGUAAGGAAAAGUCUAUGUGUUGUUUAAAAGCUCAUUAAUACUUUUACAAGAGUGAGUCUGAAGCUCUGAAGGAUAGGGCAUCUCUUAUUACUCUUUAAAUAUUGGGUUACCGAAAAGUUCAUCAGGGUUUUUAGGAAAACACCCGAACAAACACUUUGGUCAAAACAGUAUCUUUAAUGUUCAACGGUUUAUUCAAUUAUCUUGCCAAAUUUGGCAUUCUUUGUUUUUCCAGGAAUUUUAUAAAUUUUGUCUAAGUUUUCUAAAUUGUUGGCAUAUAGUUAAUACUAUUAUUAUUCUUUAAAACACAUUGUGACCGUCAUUAUAUCUUCUUCACUAUGUAUUUUAUUUGCAUCUUACUCUUUUUACCAAUCAAUUUUAUGCAUCUUAAUUGUCCUUUUAAAGUCAGCUUUUAGUUUUAAUUUUGUUACUGUUUUUUAGAUUCUAUAUUUCACUGAUUUUUAUCAUCAUUUUUCAGCUUAUCUGGCUUAUCUUCAAUAUUUAUUGUUUUUUGUAAUAAAUGCAUCUAAAAGCUAUGAAUUUAUCUCAUAGUACUACGUGACCUGUACCCCACAAAUUUUAGCAUGGUUUUUAUUGCUGUUCAGGUCAAGGUAUUUGUAAUCGAAGAGAAUAGUAGUUUGUAAUUUUUUCAAACAUGUACUUUAGUUUUCACUUGAGUAUAGAUUGCAAACUAUAUAGUAUUAAAUUUAACAUAAUUUGACUUGAAUUCUGAGGCUUCAUUGAUGACCUGGUGUAUGUGAACAUUUCGUUAGGAAAGAGUUGUUUUUUCCAUCCAUUUUAAAGCUAUCUUCACCAAGAUUAUAGACCAUAUAAGACAAAUAUUUUUAUAGAUGUUCUUAUUUUUCAUCUAUUUGAUCAAAGAGAAAAGUCUCUCAUUUUAACCCAAUAUAUAAUAGUUUAGUUUUCUAAUUAUAAUAAUUGACAUAUAUUAUAUUGACAUCUUCAUAGUUCAGCUAUUUUGAGGUUAUAUUUUUAGGUGUAUAUAUUUUUAAUAACUAUUUUAUCUUAAUACAUUUUUUUGAAGUGUUUCUUUUUCUCAAAUUUUUGCUUUUAAUUAUAUUUUAUCAUACUUAAAUUGCUAUCUUGACUUUCUCUUCAUCCAUACUUUUCAAUAUAUAAUUUUCCAUCCCUUUGCUUUUAAGUUUUUUCAUAUCUUUUGUGUUAACCCUGUCUUCUAUAGACAAAUAUUACUGGAUGUAAUUUUUUCCAAUUUAAGUUUUUGUCCUUUUGUUUGGUAGGUUUGAUACCCUUAUAUUUAUUGUAAACUGUUCUAUUUGAGUUUAUUUCUGCCACUGUCAUGGGCUGAAUGUUUUUGGCCUCCCAGUGCCACGUGUUGAAGCUCUGACCCACAGUUUGAUGGUAUUUGGAGGUGGGCCUUCAGGAAGUAACUGGGUUUAGGUAAGGUGGUGGCCUCAUAGGAGGUUCAGAGCCCUUGUAAGAAGAGGAAGCCCAGGCACCAGAGCGCUCUCUCUACCUGCAAGCCCCGAGGAAAGGCCUUGUGAGGACGUGGCAGGAAGGUGGCUGUCGGCACCGCAGGAAGCCAUCCUCACCAGACACAGAAUCUGCCGGCACCUUGACCUCAGACUUCCCACCCUGCAAGAAAGUCUAGUAAAAUGUGCAUUGUUUAACCCCCUCAACCUAUGGUAUUGAAUAUUUUAUUACAGAAGCCUGAGCUAAGAGAAAAAUCUUACUCCAUUCUUUCCAUUUUCUAUAUAUUUGUUUUCUUUUUUUCUCCUUUAACCCUACUGAUUCGAAAGCUCUAUUAAAAUUUUCUUUGGUGAUGGUUAUCCACAGUCUAUUAAAAACCAGUAUUUUUGCUUUUCUCUAUAAUUUUGUCACCUUUGUUAAUCCCAUCUCAUUUCCUGAUCUAAAAUCUGAAUUAUUAUUAUCUACUCCUUUUGAGUCCUUUAUCAUUUAUGUAACAGUAAGAUUAACUGAAUCAAUUAUUCAUCCUUACUUCCUAUGUACUUACAAACACAUGGAACUCUUCUGAGUUCACAUCUUUUCUUACUAGAGUAUUUCCUCCAAGAAUGUUUUCAAAGAUGGUCUUUGAGAAAUAAAUCUUUGCAGUCUUACAUGCUUCAUAAUGGGCUUCCCAUGUGACCCAGCAGUAAAGAAUCCACCUGCAAAUGGGUCAAGAAGAUCCCUUGGAGUUGGAAAUGGAAACCCACUCCAGUUUUCUGGCCUGGAAGAUUUCCAUGGACAGAGGAGCCUGGUGAGUUACAGUCCAGGGAGUCGUAAAGAGUUGGACAUGACUGAGCGACUGAGCACACACAUACUUCAUAAUAGUGUUUAUACUCAUUCACAUGAUAAUUGAACUGAAUACACAGGCUUAGUGUCCUUUUCUUCCAACAAUAUCAAACAUUAAGCCAUUAUUUUUUGUAUCUAGGAUUCUUAUUGAGAUGUCUGAUGUCAACCUGAUUCUCCUUUACAGCCCAUCUUUUUUUUUCUGGAAACGGUAAAGGUGGUUUCUCUUUUGGACCCUACAUUUUGCUAUAAAUGUGUCUGAGUUUUUCCUCCUCAUCCUGUUUGAAGGUUUAUAUGCCAUUGUAUUAAAAUUUUAAUCUCUCUA